CUGGUGUUCCUUUUUCGGGAGCUGAACCUUCUUUCUGGAGGGCUGGUGCGAUGCUUCGUCGGAGGUAUGUUUGCGUUUGGGGUUUUCGCUGCGGUCCCGAUAAUGUCUGUCGCCUGCGGGUCGGGAGACGGGCGACUGCGAUCUAGAGUAUUCUCGAGGCAUUGUGGGUGGCUAGGACAGAGGAUUUUCUUGUGUUCAGCUGCAGUUGCUUUGGAGAGAAAUUGAUUUAAUUUAGUACAUACAAAAAAAAUAUAGGCGGAUCAUCAAUCGGCCCGAACAAUCUCCAGAUCCCGCCGUAGCCAAUCAAGUCCAAUGAUGACGCGCUUAGGUUGUACCUUAGCAUUACCUAUGACUGCGGAACUAGUAGAAGGUUCCAUACUCGUGGAAGACGACUGCUUUGUGCGCCGGGUCUCAAAUAACACAUCUCCUAAGAAAUUGGAUUUGCAAUUGUCGUCAUGCAGCCUGGUGCUUGACUUACCAGUCGCACAAGCUGGCAAGAGCAUGGACCAUUGCUAAGCGCUGCAGAGAGAUACUUCCGCUUAGAUUAGGUGGGCGACCAGUCAGCCAGUCGUGUUUCUUCUACGACAGCCUACGCGGCGCAAAGAGAAGAAAAAUAAAAGAUAAACAUGGAGACAGCUAUUCGCUGGUCGCCGUCAUCGACCACAGCGGAACAGCGCUUCCUCUCAGUGGACGUGGCAGGGAAAGCAUUCCGUCUGUGCAAGGUGGCUUCCUUUGACGGCCAAAACCUUGAACAUGAAGUGCUUGCGGCGCAUACCAAGGUUCCGGCAUUCCGAGCCUUCGACUGGUCGCCAGCCGAUGAAUCGCUCGUCGCAGUCGGCCAGUCAUCCGGAGACGCCACUAUUCUGCGCCUGAACAGCGAGUCCCAGGAGUCAUACUCGUUUCCGGUUCGUCAUCAGCGGUACUGUAACGCCGUUACGUUCAGCACACAUGGAUUACUGGCGGCUGGUCUGGAUCGGGUGCGGAACGACUUUUGCCUCAAUGUCUGGGAUGUUAAUCAGCGGCUGGCUAUGAGAGGUGGGAAAGGACCUGUAGAGCCAUUGAGGAAGCUGGCUAGUUCGGAGCCUAUCACCAGCGUCAAAUUUUUCAGGGAUCAACCCGAUACACUAGUUGCUGGUGUAAAGGGACAGUAUGUGCGGAUAUAUGAUCUUCGAGAGGGACCUGGCAAUCCGUCGCUGCAGUUUCCGACUCGCUGUGUUCAUGGCCUGGCUAUUGAUUGGCUAGACGAGAAUUAUAUCGCAUCAUGUCUUACCUCUAAUGAUCCUACUAUAUGUAUAUGGGAUCGACGCGUAGGGUCCCGGUAUACGACGCCCCCUGUGGGCCCAGCAAACACUCUUGAGACUGGACAGGCGGGGCCAGCUCUUGAGUUUAAGAAUGUCACCACUUCUAAAUCCUCCAUCUGGAGUCUGCGAUUCUCUAGAACCAAGCGAGGAUGCUUAGGAGUCCUUUCGAACACCGGCCACUUCAAAACCUAUGACGUUGUCAAAGAAUACUUGUCUGAGGAGUAUCGCACGUCCGUGGAUGAGACUCUGGGUCAAGGGUCUUCAAAGAAUUAUCCAGAACAGAUAUAUACAAAGUAUGUGCGGGAUGUAUACAGUCCCUUCAAUCACCCAUCGCGCGGCUACGAGGAGUCGGAAAGGGUAGUAUCCUUCGAUUUUUUAAACAUGAGUCCCUCAAAUGAACCCACUGCUAUAACAUUAUCGGGCAAUGGUCGAGUCAAUAUCAUCACGACAAAGCCGCCAUCACCUCCUGUGCGACUAUCUUCCCAAGGUUUAUUAAUACGCGGGACAUCCGAUGCCGAUGCAGAUUUCAGAAUGAUAAGUCCUCUACCUAGUCACGGAUUGUGCGCUUCUGAUGUGGUUGAAGACCUUCGUGAGCGUAUCUUGCCAGACCACGACGUACAGGAAACAGCGCAUGAAGGCCAACCUACGAAGCCCUUAUCAAGCCGUGAGGCUCGGGAACGUGCUCUUUCUCUGGGAACUUCAGGCAAUCCCAUUACGGCCGAGGAGGGUUUGACCCUAUUGACCAUCAACAGGCUACGUUGCAAAGAGGGCUAUCUGUUUGACGCAGUCCGAAACCGGAAGAUUCUAGCCGAUGAUCCCUACCUUCAAGGUUUCUGGGAUUGGGUUGAACGGGCGCGUAACGACUCGUACAAUGGGUCAAUGAUCGCGAACGGUUUGGAUUUUAAUUAUGUCGGCGUGUAUGACAUUUGGAACAAUGAUCUAGGCGAGGCUCUUGACACUCGACACCUCGAACCGGAUGCUAGGCCUAAUAUCAGUAAGGCAAUCGUUAACCUAGUUCGGGAACGACUAAAUCUACCCGAGACCAAAGGUUGCGAGACAAAUUAUUCGGAACAUCGUCGACUUUGCCUUCGACUCUGCGGUGCAGCGCAGUCUCACCGCGAACUGGAGGAACUUGUGAAAACUUUGUCAGCCGACAGUCAGCAUACUAAAGCCGCAGCUCUGGCAGUGUUCCAGGAUGAGGCUAAAUUAGCAUACCUAGCACUACGUAGCCAUCAGCCUACUCAGGCGCAUAAGCUGCUUGCCAUGGCUAUUGCCGGUGCGGCGAAAGGUGACACUGACCCAGAUUGGGAAGACACCUGCGCAGAGAUUGCCAAAGAACUCACAGACCCAUAUGCACGAGCAAUCUUGGCUCUUGUGAGCAAAGGAGAUUGGAACUCUGUCAUCCAGGAGACCACGCUUCCAUUGAAGUACCGAGUUGAAGUUGCUCUGCGUUGGCUUCCCGACGAUGAGUUGACCGAGUACCUUCAUCAAACAACUGCCGAGGCCAUCAUACAGGGCGAUAUCGAAGGUGUCGUUCUUACGGGUCUUGGACACUCUGCCAUGGAUCUUUUCCAGUCGUACAUUAAGAAAUUCAACGAUGUGCAAACCCCGGUUCUCGCCAUGAGCCAUACCGUUCCACGAUUCAUCAACAAAAACCCAGAGAGGGCGCGUUUCGAAGCAUGGCGUGAAACAUACCGUUGGCAGAUUAAUUCCUGGAAAUUGCAGCUGGAACGGGCGCGAUUUGAUGUCGGCUCUCGCAAGUUUGCCGUCACCUGGGACGGGAGAAAAUUGGUUGAACCACCACGACAACAAGUAAGCUUGACUUGCAAUUACUGUACCCGGCCACUUACCCAGCACGACGCCUCCUCACAGCUUUCGCCAUCCACCACGGGUGAGGUCGUCCACCCCACUCCUGGCAAUCCCUUGGGCACGUCAGCAAUGUCUGGGAUGGUUUGUCCACGAUGCGGUCGGCACAUGCCUCGAUGUGGCGUCUGUACCCUUUGGCUGGGAUCUCCAGACCCGAUGUCUAAAGCGUGUAUCGCCGCCGACGCUGCACAGCAUCCCGGAAAGCCUAGCCAAGCGGAAAUGAUGCGACGAUUCAUUGUGUUCUGUAUCAACUGUAACCAUGGAUUCCAUGCCCAUCAUGCCCGAGAAUGGAUCAUGGGCCAACAACAACGCAGAGGCGGCGGCCGCGAUGUAACCGUCUCCAAAGCCCUAAGUCUCCUCCUCCGCCACGCCGCCGAAAAAGAAGGCCUAAAGCUAGACGCGCAAGGCUACGCGAGCGUGGCAGACGUACUCGCCUGGCGCAAACUCAAAUCCCUAAAAGUCACCUUCCCCGAAAUCGUCCGCGCCGUCGCAACCUCCGACAAAAAGCGCUUCGCCCUUCUACACAUUCCCACCGCCGAUGCCCAACAAUCGCAAUCUACAGACGCACAGGCGUCGAGCAUUCCCACCACGAGCGCAGGGCAAGAUACCGCGACUGAGACGGCCCUGGCGGUGUCCGAGUCGGAUGUCGACCCGUCGCAUUUCCUGAUCCGUGCUACGCAGGGCCAUAGUAUUAAGGGUGUGGAGGCGGCGUCGUUUCUAGAGAAACUGUCGCUAGAGGAUGAGUCAAAAUUGCCCGAUACGGUCGUCCAUGGGACCUUUCAUACUGCUUGGCCGGCUAUUCUUUCCUCUGGGGGGUUACGGUGCAUGGGGCGGAACCAGGUGCAUUUUGCUACAGGGCCGACGUUGGACUCUGUGCUUGCGCGGGAGGCGAAGGGGGUUGCGGGGAAUGCUGGGGAGAAGGUGAUUUCAGGUAUGCGUAGGGAUGCGCAGGUGUUGAUUUAUCUUGAUCUUAAGAAGGCGUUAGCGGCGGGGUGCCCGUUUUGGAGGAGUGAGAAUGGGGUUAUUUUGAGUGAGGGGAUGUUGGUUGGAGGGGAUGAGAAGGGUAUGGUUGUGCCGGUGGAGUUCUUUGAUGUUGUUGUUGAGAGGAAGCUUGGGUUGGGCAAGAUUUGGGAGCGUGGACGGGAAAUUCAGGCGUUGCCGGAGGAUUUGGUUAAGCAGGGGAAUCCUAAGGGGAGACGGACGCCCAAUAAGAAGGGAAAUACGCUGUCAUGAGAUAUUACGACUACUACUAAUAGUACUUAUACAUUCUUGGAGGCCUUAUAUCGUAAGUACUACUUAGUAGUAAAUGGUGCGGGGGAAGUCCGACCCUGGACAAUCACAGCACCUCCCCAUCCGACAUCCGAUAGACUUGCGGGGAAAUCGGAUAUCCUCCAGUGCGCUUUCCGACGGACGAUCAUCCGGUUUCUCUGGGUCAUUCCGAUGGAAGCUAGGGGCCAUCUGCAACCUUAAACCCAAUGUGUGUGGCCAACAGCAAUAGUAGUUCCGCCAUAUAUGCGGGGUCUCAGCAGCAAAGACCGUCCGGAAGGCGAGGAUUUCCAAUCAUAUCGGCUCUGAUAUAAAUAAAAGAAUGUUGCAUUUGCGCCUUUUUUGCUACUUUUGAAAUCUU